AGCAGGCACACACGUUGGGCAUUGGCGGGAGCGGAUUGAAGCGGAAGAAGCAAGCACGUGAUCAACUAGAAUGCAGAGGCACAAGGUGGUGCCUGGCAAUCGCCCAAUGCAGUGGAUUCGUGUAAAAGGCUCCGGGAACACGUGCCGUGCUUCUCAGCCAGGAAGCGAAAAGAUUCACGGCCCGCACCCGCAGCGGUAUAUAAGAGGGGCCAGCCUCCAAAGUGGGAGUGGGGGUGAUCGAUGGCAAAGAUGGUGGCCUCUAGUCCCAAGCAGCGAUCCAAUGGCUUCAUCUAUCGGGUGGUGUCGGACUCUGUCAUCGCAACCGCGGCUGCUGUAGCCGCUGCGGAUGCUAACAAGAGAGCGGUGGCGACCAACGUUACCAAGUGUGAGUGCUGUGGACUGGGAGAAGAAUGCACCGCCGGCUACGUGAAGCGGGUACAGCAGCAGUUUUGCGGCCAUUUCAUGUGUGGCUUGUGUGCCGAGGCUGUCAAGGAGGAGCAGGCAAGGAUCAAGGGUGGUGGUGGUGGCAAAGCAGUGGAGGACGCAAUCCAGGUGCACAUGAACAUAUGCAAGCAGUUCAACGUUACGGUGCGGGAGAACCCGGUGGCCGCUGCAACGAGCGCCAUGAGGCAGCUGCUGGUGCGCCGUGCAAGGUCGGGACUGCAACUGUCGAGGAGCACCAGCUGCAUACCCGCGCUGGCGGCAACAACCAAGGCGAGCAAGGCGGAGCAUCGGGGAGAAUAUUCCUGGCUCCCCAGCUCUCCCUGACUAGGGUAGCACGCCUGGAGCAUGGAGGUGAUGCAGUCGAGCUUAGAUAUGUGCGUAGCGUCCUUGUCCCUCGUCUUGGCCAUGCUCGUCUUCACUCUCAUCGCCUGCCUCUUUGGCGCUAUCAAUUUCGUCAACAGCCUCAUGUAGGAGGUAGGCGUCCAGUGAAAUUCGGGACUCGGGAUGGGCUGGGCUCAAUCAAGAGAAUAACUUGGGGAGAUCCGAGAUCUGGAUUGGAAUGCUCUCUCUCAUAUCUGUCUGAAUUAAAUAAAAGGGGUGGCGUUUUCCUUCCCCUUGUGUAAAUGAAUGCAGCGGAAGGAUAUUCCCAUAUCUCG